UUCUCAACAGGUCGACAACCGUUUUUAAGUCAUUUCAUUGAGAAAGUUGUAUUGAGCAUGUGUGUGUGAGGACUGCUGAUUGGAAGAUGUGUGUUGAACUUGGCGCUUCUGUCCCUGCGCACUGGAGGCUCUCCCCUCACCGCUCCUCUGUGUUUUCGAGCUGAGCGCUCACACCUGAAGUGACAGGGAGGGAGUGAGGCACGGAGAGGCUCCGAGCUGUGAUGACGGCAGCCCACGGAGCUGCCCAGCCUGCUUCUACUGUAAAGCGACUGCAGGGCACAUUUGGAGAACUAGUCAGCAGGGAAAUAUCCAAAGGGAGGGGGACGCGCGCAUGUGACAGGCUUUGGACGUUUCCAUUUAUACCAGUCGGGCAGGGAAUUGAAUCUCUCCAUCGGGAGGUGCGUUAUUAUUAAAAUCACUGGCGACUGGUAUUUUUCAAACAUUGCACGCCUGCGUCCGUCGCCUGCGGAUCGUCACAGCACCAUGCGAGCAGGAGAGACGCGCCCUGUGCCAUGCUGAACGACUCUCCGACUCUCCUGCUGGCUCUCACAGCGGUGGCCGGACUUCUCCAGCGAUGCCAAGGCUGGAGCGACGAAGACCUCCUCCUGCCGCCCAUCAACUCCUCCAACAGGUUCCUGGCCAACCUGGAGGUGGACGUGCGCUUCUCCAAGAGGUCCGUGGAGGAGAGCGAAGCCUCGCCCGACGCCUCCUCCCUGCAGACUCUGUCCCAGUGCAACGUGAGCGUCCAGAGACUCCAGCCCACCUCGCUGGUGGCCCGCUGGGACAGCAGCUUCGGCUUCCAGUGUGAUGUGCUCAUCUACACCACCAACAACCACGGAAGGGCUUUUUUCUCCGCGUCUUUCAACAGGGCGAUCUCGCCUGUCGUCAUCGAGCAUCUCGGGGUCACCGGGGGUCAGCAGGAGUUGAGGCUGUGCGUGGGCUGCGGGAUGUCCCGGUACCGGAGGUUUGGGCAGGGCAGGUCGAGGGGCCAGCAGACCGGGGAUCAGAUCACUUUCUGCUGCGUGGAUUUCAGCCUCGACGAGCUGAAGGGGGACAAAAGUUGGAGGCUGAACAGAAAGCCCAUCGAGUCGACACUUGUGGCUUGUUUCAUGACUUUGGUCAUCAUUGUGUGGAGUGUUGCUGCUCUCAUAUGGCCAGUCCCGAUCAUUGCAGGAUUUCUGCCUAAUGGGAUGGAGCAGAGGAGACCGAGAUAAUUAAAAUAAUCUUUAUUAUAAUUAGCCUGUGCUGCCUAUACUAUAACUGUAGCCAUUCAACUGUUCACCUGAAUGAAUGAUUCAGCCGAAUGCUGAGCUUUGGAGAACUUUUUGAUGAGAUGCUUUAGUUUUGGGGGUCUUCUUUAACAGUUAUUAAAGCUCCUGCUCAUUAGGACAACCAAGGUAAAGUAUGAUGGAUUAUACUAGCCAAUAGUAAUCUAUACUGGGACCAAUGUGUUUUGUAUACCCUUGUAGGCCUUCCUAUAGAUUAUGUCAGCGUAAACUGUGCAAACUUUUCUCUUUAAACAGUGUUUGUAUAGUUUUUAAUCUUUCUAGAAAGUUUUUGCCUUAUCCCAUGUGUAGGACUUUUGCACUGAAAACUGAACUUUGAGGUGUGCCGUCACAUAUAUAUAACCUAUAGUCAUGUUCAAAGUAAGUGUAAUAGUUUUUUCCAAUGCGUUCUGAGAAAUAGAUGUUGUUUAUGAUUGACAUAGAGAGGGUUUCAAUAAUUAUAUUGUUAGAUUUAUAAUGUCAAGUUCAAUAUGCGUGCUUAUUUGUAUUCAUGUUCCAACGGUUUCAAUGAAAAUAAAAUUGAUUAUAGGCUAUAUCUCAGAUUCUCUCUGACCUGCUCUCUGUAGCCUAAAUCAGUUUACUUCAGGCUUAUGUCAAGUGGACACAGCAUGUGAUCAGAAGAUGAAAGCCAACACUGUCAAAGCCUGUGGAAAAUAUGCACUCAGGUGCCAGUUUAUUAGGUACACUAAGCUAAAACUAGUCUAACUUCAUGAGGUUAUAUUAUUCAGUUUCAUUUUCAUAGAGAGGUGUUGAUUCAGCAGUGUGAUCAUUUUUGAGGAUGUAGUUAGUGUUACUGAGUAGAUUCUGUUAUGUACACUACCCUCAUUGAUGUAAAAGGGACGGACAAAGUCAUAGAAACACCCAGCACAAUACAAUUCAACAGCACCACAAACUGCUCCUCCAAAAUGAUAAUUAAGUUAUUUUAACAUGGAUGAGGUGCACAAAUGCACAGAUGGACACUGAUUUUUUUAUCAUCUCAUACACUGUAUGAAUGCCUGGCUGUAUGACCUAAUGCAGCUUUAGUUAUACAUUUAGCUCACUUCAGAUUUUUUGAUCUAAGGUGUAGAUGUGGAAUUAUUAUGUAGUCUACUUCAGUGUCAAAGUCAAAGUACUCUCUUUGACAAUGGCCUAUUUCAGAGUGUUAAAUUAUUGAUGCAAAAUGAGCAUCAGUAGCUGGUUCAUCUUAAUUUCCAGCAGUUCUCAA